CACGUCUGGUGAGCUCUGCAGGCUGGCUACGAGAGAAAGAGUAAAAGUGCGCGCGGGUGACGUAGACAGGCGUGUUUGCCACUCGCAUUCGAAGUUAGUCUACCGCGUGGUUUUGUGGCGCGAGCACCUACCUGACCGAGCACCUGACGCACGCACCGACCUUACCGGCAAAUCCGCCGCGGUCCACCGCAAAAAAAGCAGCCUGUUCUCCCGUUUUGCCAAAAACCUCCUCGUCCUCAUACCCAUUGCACACCAGCCAAUUGCAUCAGCGGAUACAGAAAAAAGCGCAAAAUGUGGUUUGUGGUUCGAUGGUGAAAGCAUCAAUGCGUCCAGACGCGGGCCACCCUUUGGCCUGCCACAGCGAUGUUCAAGUGGUUUGGUGGCUCGCCGCCACCAGGAAGCAGCGAAGCUCCCAGCGGGCCCCGCGAAGUGGUCACCGAUGACCCGCUGGCCAUCAUUUCGCUGUCGCUGCCCCGCGUGCGCCGCCUCCGCCACGGCAAGGCACGAAGGCCAAAACACAUCUACGCGGUCAGCAGAGUGAACCCCAUCUUCGAGGAUGAAGAAGGGGUCGGCAGCAGUUCGAGUGGAUCUUGCGGGGACAGCGGGGGCGGAGUUGGUCAUCCCGCCUCCCCGGGCCAGUCGGGGGUGGGCAGCUCGGGCUACGACAGCCAGGCGGCCGGUGAACGCACCACCUCGUCCUCCGAGUUCAGCGACGAUGCUGCCUCCCCGGGGGUGGGCGGGGGAAACGGGCGUCGGCCGCCCCCGAGGGCGGCGUCGUCAUCGAGGCGGCCGGAGCAGGUGUACCUGGCGGCGCUGGCGGCGCUGGCGAGCAUCCCUGAAGGUCAGGUGCCUGUGCCGGUGUGGCCGUCCGAGCCGCCGAGCGGCGCAGUCGUCGGCCGGCCCGCGCAGCAUGCAGUCGUUGAAUCGCCGCCCCCGCCGCCCCCGCCCUGGAGGCAGCAGCUGUGGGAGCGCCUGACCGAGAGCAGUGACGACGACAGUCGCAGGUCGUGCUGCGAUCUCCAGCCGCCGACAGCCCCCAUGCCGCCGGCGCAGACUUCGCCCCCGCCACCCCCGGCCCGCUGCGCCUCCUCCACCUCGAGCAGCGGCUACUCGGACCUCUCCAUUGUAGUGCCACCCUCGGCGCCUUAUUUACAAAAGCCCGACCUGGCGAUGAAGCAGGAGAUGGCCCUGGUGAGGGGGAGCGUGCGAAACGCGAUGAUCUACGGCACUCUGAACCGCAUCAAGUGCGCCUCGGGCUUGGGCGUGUACGAAAAGCUGCUGGGCUUUUGGCGCAGCCAGCAGCUCGAGGCGCGGCUGCUCUCCUCGUCGUCCUCCUCGUCCAACGACAAGACGGACGGCUCCACGUCGUCCAAGGCGUCCUGGCAGUCCUUCCCCUCGCCCACGCCCAGCAAGAAGAGCCUCCACGACUUUGAAAAGACUGCACAGUAUCAAGCGCCAUCGCAGAGGCCAGACUUCACUUUAGACGUUCCGACGGCAGAGCGUGUGAAGCGCAAAAUCGAAGCAGCCAAGCGCCGCAGGUGUUGGUGCCAGCUGAGUAUGUCCAUCCUCGGGCUCAUCUUCUUCAUUGUGUCCGUGAUGGCAGUCAGCAUGAUGUACACUCGCGGUGAGCGGAUGUUCGGCUCGCUCUGAUCGAUGUUGACAAAGAAUUGUGCAGAAAGCCGACUCCAUCCCGUCUAUAAACGACGAGUUUCAUGCAAAAGUGUUUCGGGGAAAAGCAUAUUUUCCGUUCUGCAAGGAGACCUUCCAUGUUAACCUGAUUUUCCUUGCAGACGUUGAAAUAUUUCCAUUAAAGUGGUAUUUUUAUUGUUUGUGCCAACAGCCUUGCUUAACUUCCAUGAAAUUAUGCAUUUUUUAUUUUCAAGUUGAAUCAAAUUAUCUUUUGUUAUAAGCGUAAAAAUUAUGAGAAAAGCCCCAGUUAUAAAAAAAAUUGUUUAGUUACUUCAACUUCUAUGGUUUUGGUCUUAAAUCUUGAUAUAUUUUAUGUCAGGAGCUUGAGCCUGAAUAGUAAAAAAUGGCUAAUUUCUGGUGAUUGUAGGAAAUUGUGAUGGAAUAUAGAUCCACUUUAAUGCCCCAGUCAUUUUUCUUCACGCUAGAAGUGCUUUUAUUAUGUUCCAAACCAGAUUGUGCAUUCUGAUUGCUUUGGUUUUCACUAAUUUAUAUGGAGUAAAAUGAUCAUUUUUUAGAGACAUUAAUUUUUAGUGAAGACCCUGGCCCGAUGGAGUGCUCAAUCAAGUGUUGCAGAACAUCUCGUUUAAUUUAUCAUUGACUGCUGUGGUUACCAUUUUCAAAUAUUAAUUAUGACUCUUGUGUAUAAUUUAUUUAGUGAUCAUCGCUCUUUGAUUUUGCGCUGAAAAAGUGUUGUAUGUGAUAUAUUAGCUUUUAGGACCCUUUUCUCCCCCUUUUUUGUCUCCCUGUGAAAUUUUGCUGCAUGAAAAAAGUGCGCAAGUACUCUGGUUGUGAUAUUUGAUAACGUCAUGCGUUUGUAUUCAUCUAAAUAAUCAUGGUUUCCUCUUGUACACAAUCGUUGUGUUUAGCGCAGAGAUUUUCUCGUGUUACCUAUCGCCUAAUUUUUCCCUUGACAUCUCCUUUAUUUAAUGGACUGCGAUGCCAACUAUAUUUAUUAGGAGUUAUAACAAAUUGAGUAUUACCCAAAAUGCCUGUAAGUUUAUCAAUAAAUUAAUUAACAG